CCCAUGAUCUCAUCGUAAUCUUCCCCGUCUCCCCAUUCCGACCCCUAUAAAUUGGCCGACGCUUUCCUCUCCUCUUCUCUUCCCACUCUUCCCCGCCCCAGCCUCCGUUUACUUCCUCCGACCAAAUCCUUAAUCUCAGUCUAGUUUCUCCGCCCGACGUCUAUCGGGUUCGGGCUCCUCUCCAAUCCACCUCCGGUUCAUCCUGGAAUCCUACUCGCCUUCGAUAUCUUCAAGAAUUAGGGCUUGGCCAACCAUCUCAAAACCCUAGGAUCGCUCUUAUCACCCGAUCCCUGCUUCGAAGGCCGAGCGUCCUCUUUUUUGGUGCCAGAAGCCCUUAUUUUUUUUUUCUCGGCCUGGGCUCCUCGCUCGGAGGCGGGGCUGAGCUCGAUCGCCCUGCCGGGGGGCUAGCACCGUCCUGUCAGAACCCAUGAACGCCGCCGCCGUCCUCGGCGGAGCCGUUCCGGUGCCCUCUUUUCAGGCAGCCAGAAAGGAGUGGCGUGCCGUCACCGAGCACUCCUUCCGGAGCAGUGGAGGCGAGAAACAAGUGUGUGUUAAAUCGGGCCAAUCAGCCGAGAGAACAAUAUAUGAGGUGCAGGAGGGUACAAGCCUGCUGGAUGUGGAUCCUUGUUCAGUUACUACUGAAGGUGUUGGUGAGUUGAAUGAUGAUAUAUUGCAGCAGAAGCUGCAAGAAAUCACGAGGCAGAGAGAAAGGCUUCAGCAAAUGGAGAUUGAGCUCCGAGCUAGGGCGAUUGCCAGAUCAGAUAUCCUGGAGGUGCAGAAUAGUUUUGAAGGACAGCUAAAGGAGCAAAUAGAUUUCAAUGCUAAUCUAAAGGAGCAACUACAUGAACGGGAGCAACACAUACUUGAAUUGGAGAUGAAACUAGAAGAGAAGGAUAGAGAGCUACAUGCUAUGAAAAUUGACACUGAAGAAGCAUGGGCAAAAGAGGACCUUCUCAGAGAACAAAACAAGGAGCUAGUAGCUUUCAGAAGGGAGCGGGAUAAAUUGGAAGCAGAAAGAGCACAACUUCUGAACCAAAUACGUGAUCUCCAAGAGCAUAUUCAAGAGAAAGAGAAUCAAUUUUUUGCACUGCAAGAACAGCAUAGAGUCGUACAAGAAACUAUCCUUUUCAAGGAUGAACAGUUAAGGGAGGCGCAAGCUUGGAUCGCACGUGUUCAAGAAAUGGAUGCUUUGCAGUCUUCUACUAACCAGUCAUUACAAGCUGAGCUACGAGAACGUACUGAGCAGUUUAACCAAUAUUGGAUAGGUUCUCAACAGCAGUUUGUCGAAAUGGAGCACUAUCAUAUGCAAGCUAUCCAGCAGCUUCAGCUAGAGUUGGCUGAGGCAAGGGGAAAUAAUAGAAUGUAUAUAGAUGGUUUGCAAGUUACUCAUGAGAACUCAGUGGAUUCAUCUUCAUAUGAUGGAAACCAGAUCAAUGUGAAAGAUGAUGGAAAAUCAGAUACUCACUUGGGAUUCACAUCUAAUGGAAGUGUAGAUAGGACCAUGCCUCAUGUUUCGGCUUCCAAUUCUUCUACUAAGGCUGAUCCUCUCCCCAGUGUUUCAGUUGUGCCUUCUUCCAUAAUUAGUAUGAAUGCCUUAAUUCCUCCUGGCCAAAUGUCUGCAAUGCAUAGUUACGUAAUGGAUCCACAGUCUGUAGCAUCCACCAAUUCUCCUAUUCCUCAGUCUCACAUGGGUCAUUUUCAAUCAAUGCCUAUGGUUCCACCUCACCAACUUUGGCAAAAUCAUCAGACUGCAUCAGACAUCUCACAGAUACCUAAUCAGAGCAAGUUCGUGACAUCCCAAACAGAGCAAGAUAUUUUAAGACCAGAUACCCAUUCUAGCUCCAAUCUGCUUGGUGAAAGACAGAUGGUCCAUCCUGACCAACUUAACAGCCACACAGACCAGCAACGGAUGUCUGGCCCUCCAGGCAAUGAUUCAAGUGAAAAACCUCAGAACACAUUUACCCAACAACCACAAGGGACCGUAGAUGCACCUUCUCACUUGGAUUCAGCAAGAGAAUUCUACCCACCAGAAAAGAAGAAUGAACCUGGGGUUGAGGCCAGUAUAACUGCAGGGAACCAAUCACAAGAUCAGGUGUUCGAAUCUGAACAACGUCUAACUUCUGGCAUCAUGUUAUCUGCCAGUCAAAGUAGCUCCUCUAUCAGUUUAAAUGGUACUGAAGAAUCUGCUGUAUCGGCUGCACCUGAUUCAAGUAUUUUGAUGCCUGGUAAACCACUAGUGGAACCCAAUCUUUUAGAUGAAAGAUCACUUUUGGCUUGCAUUGUCCGUGCUGUUCCUGCCGGAUCAGAUGGUAGAAUCAGAAUCAGUACAACACUACCAAAUAGGCUUGGGAAAAUGCUUGCACCCCUUCGCUGGCACCAUUACAAGAAGUACCAUGGAAGGCUUGAUGAUUUUAUUUCACAUUAUCCUGAAUUAUUUGUUAUUGAAGGGGACUUUAUUCACCUUCGCGAGGGAGCACAACAAAUUAUAUCUGCAACUGCUGCUGUUGCCAAAGUUGCUGCUGCUUCUGCAUCUUCUGCUCCUUACACAUCAUUAUUGCAUUCAGUUGCUGUCACUCCUGUUGCUCAAAUCAGUCGCCAGAAAAUGGCACAAUCAAUUGAAUCAAAGGUUGCAAACACCAUGCCUUCUGCAGUUGGUGCUGCUGUUACUGAUAUUGGAGAUUCAAGUAACAACUGCUCCCAGCUUUUGACAAAACAGAACCAACAACCAAAUGGUAUCAGAGUUAACAUUAUUCAGGGGCUAUCAGAUGUCACAAUUUCAAGUAAAUUAAAGAAUGUCCAAGAAGCUAAUGGUUUCCCAUCUGAAUUCCAAACUGGCCAUUCCUCUUUCAACUUUAGUGUUGGAAGUGCACCAAACCUUGAUAAAACAGGUUUGUCCUCUUCGCAAUGCAAAGGACCAAGUAAUGGAAGACAUAGUUUUGGAGGGAAGCAGCAAGGGAGGUCAACUGGAGCUGGCUUGAUUUCAAGGAGAUAGUGUUACCAGUUGAAACUUGCAACCCAAUUACUUGGAUGGAAAUUGCAGCCAAACAAAGUUUGGAAUUUAUUUCAGGAUAAAGCUCUCUGAUCAUCUUUUCCCAGGUUUUUAUGUUGAACCAUAACCAGGGGCUUUUCCUUUGUGUGAAUUUUUUCUUCUCUGCCAACUUGUACUUGAGUUCAUGUUUCAAAUUGAAAGUGAAAAAAAAAGAACAAGAAUUCUUUGCAACUGUGCAAAUUUUAAUGCAACGACUUGACUUGAUUUGAUGAUUAGUUUGAUAGUCUUUGUUCCUGGUUCAAAUACCCAGAUGCCAGAUAGAUAAUUACAUUGCUUCCACAUGAUGAUUUUGUGGCGAUGCAUGUUGGAGAAAGAGGAAGAACGUUGCUAUGCCGAUUACAAUUUCCUUUGGGACGGGCUCAGAUAUUUGGAUGGUAAAUUGGUGUUGGGAAACUAGCAGAGGUGCAUCAGCUUUGAAUGCUUUGGGAUACUCGUCUCGACUUGUUCAAGUCAAAAUAAGUUAGACUUUUCAAGUAAGAGGGGACAAGUUUUUAUCAGACGCGUCAUGUCUACAACUUCGGCUAUAUAGAGAGAUGAUGAGAUGAGCACUAGCCAUGGUUGCUCAAAGGGGCGUUUCGUGAAUCCCUUGUUGCCAUUCAUAUUCGAUGUCGCAGGUAUUUAUUUAUUAUGUUCGAGUAUAUUCUCAUUGAUCUGGUGUCAGGAAUGAAGCAAAUAUAGCCUUUGGAUUCUGUAAAUGAAGGCAAACUUGAUCAGUCUGAGCAAAAGAUAUCUGGUGUCUCCUAAGAACACUAUUGCUUAUAUUUGUUAUACGUGGAAUCUUAGAAGCCCAAAGGAUCGCAUGAGAUGUCAUAUUUUGGUUAGAUGGGAAAACCUCAAGGCAUUAUAUUUUUCAUUUGUGAUUUUGCAGGUAGAAUGUUCUUGUGAGGGAAACCAAGCGAAAACUAAUGAAUUCAUUACCGUACAGGAAGUUUGGAAUAGGCAUCGAAGGAGGGAGCUUACCAGGUUGAAGGUCAUGCUGCUCCUAAUAUAGUGGAGGCUCGUAACUAUAAGAAUCCCCUUUCUGAGUAGAUUAUUUUCAGAUCAUCCUAAGAUAAAUUUUAUCAGAUCAUCAUAGCAAAUCGUAGGAUCAAAAGUCGUUCUUGGAAAACAACCAAAAAAAAAAAAAAAAGAAAAUUCCCACCAACAAGAUUGCAAACCAGGUCAGGAAAUCUAGCACUAUUUUAUUUGUGAAAAAGAAGGAAAACUUCUCUUAUCGUGUUUUGAUUUAAUAGUUUAUUUUCUAUUUGGAUAAAAAAAAUAUUGAGCUUAGAUCAAAAAUAAUAAUGAUCCAGAUUCUUGGAACACUUGUCUGUAUUCCUCCACCCCCCAUCUUUACCCGACCAAAACGCAAACACCUGGCCGUCGCUGUUGGGGCGGCUAUAAAAGCCGGGAUGGCAAGGGGAUCGAAGAAAGGCAUCAUAGGAGGGGGGAGAGAGAGAUGGGGUUCCUCUUCCGGGUGAGGUUGGCAUCCUUCUUUGCCGGCGCCGCCACAGCGUCCAUUGCCGGCUUCUAUCUCCUCUACAGGGACUACAUGCUCUCCCAUGACGCCAUCGCCCAACAGGUGAAUGGAAUCUAUGGAACUCUUGAUGAACGUUAUGAAGCUCUAAACAGGCGUGUCACGGCUCUGGAAACUCAGAAGGAAGCUGAAGCCACUGAAUCUGCAGGGGCAUCUGGUUAGAUUGAGAUGUUUGUUGCUUCCAAACUGCUACACUUUGCUUCCUUCCUGAUGUUUGUUCAGAUGCUGCAUCGUUAGAGAUGCUUGCAACAGUACAUACUGGAACUGGAUGUGCAAAAAAAAAAAAUCCCGAAAUGGUACUCAUAAUCACACUUGGCAUUGUUGUUCUAUUGCUCAUCAAUAAUGUUGGGGCUACUUAGUUUUUAA